AGGGGACAGAAUUGCUACACGUUUCAGCUGAUCCUCUGUUGUUGUUGUUGUGGUUUUGCAGCGGAUGAGUUGAAGACAGAGCGAGAGAGAGAGAGGGACAGAAAGACAGAGAGAGAGAGAGACAGAGAGAGAUAGAGGGGGGAGUGAGAAGAAAAGCGCGAGAGAGAGAGAGAGAGAGAGAGGAGAGAGAGAAGGAAAUCUGUAUUCAUGUAAGGAGUUUUGACAAGAAGACAACAGCCGUGUAUGAUAAUGGAUGCAGGUCAGCGUUUUGACACCGAACUCCCUGACGAAACCAGAAGUACCAGCAACACAGAUAUCUCAAGUGUGAACCAACAUCCACCCUGCUUUCUAAACCUGCUGUUGGCGAUACAGCAGGUGUUUGUGCAGUGCUCUCUGCUGGUUCUGGUCCUCGGUGUGUUGCAGCAACAUCUACUGUUACAGGAUGGAGAGAGAGAGAGGUUACUGUCCUCCAUGUUGUUCUACUCCGCUCUCUCCACUCUGAUACAGAGCUGUCUGGGGACAUGCCUCCCUCUGGUCCAGGCUCCAUCUCUGGAAACCCUGAUUCCUGCUGUAGUCCUCACUGCCCAGAUUGUUACUGAACCGGCCUGCAGAGGGCACUGUGAGGAGAGUGAGGAGGAUAUCCUGCCCAGAGCCAACCCAGUCAGAGAGCUCCAGGGUAUGACUGUGAUAGUGGGCAUGGUCCAGCUGCUUCUGGGUGUGACUGGUCUGAGUGGUGUGGUUCUGAGACACUGUGGUCCGCUGGUCAUAGCCCCUCUGUUGUGUCUACUGGGCUUCUCCAUCUACAGAGAGGCUGCUCUGCUCUGCUCAGACCACUGGGCCAUCGCUGCACUGACAGUCAUCCUCCUUGUGCUCCUGUCCCAGCAUCUACGCUCCUACAUGCUCCCAGCAUGCCUCAGCAUGCCUCAGCUGCCUGUCUGCAGGAUGCUCUCUAUGCUGCUUCCCCUACUGAGUGUGUGGGCUCUGUGUGAAGUCUUGGAGAGUUUUGGGGUUUUGCGUCUCCGUUCCGUCUCCGAGCUGCUGCCGGCACUGAAGACGAGCAACACUUCCUUUCCCGAACCUUUACGGUCGGACCCCUUCACUGUGCCGUGGCUCAGUCCCCCUCUGGCAGCUGAGACAGGUCUACCCCUGCUGUCAGUUCGAGGCAUGGCGGCUGGUGUCGUUGCAGCCCUCUCCUCCUCUGUCAGUUCAGUGGGGAUGUACCUGCUAACGGCCCGGCUCCUGGGAGUCCCCCCUCCCCCCGCAGCAGCCUGUAACAGAGGCCUUGGGUCCCAGGGUCUUGGCAGUGUGGUGGCUGGCCUGAUGGGGGCGCCACUGGGGCUCAGCAGCAGUGUCCCCAACACCUGUACUCUUGGACUCAGCCAGUCUGGGUCCAGGUGGACAGUGCAACUGGCAGCCAUCUUGGGACUGGUCCUAGGAGUGUCGCCUCGACUGACACAGAUCAUCACUUCUGUCCCCUUGGCCAUCUACGGUGCUCUUCUCAGUGUAACGUACACUAUUGCCGUGGCUACAGGUGUGAGGUACUUCCAGUUCACACACAUCGACUCUGGACGUAACAUCUUCAACAUCGGCUUGGCUGUCUUCAUGUCUCUAGUGCUGCCUCACUGGUUCCGCAUGCAGACCGUCUUUAUUGACACGGGUAUGGUCAGUGUUGAUGUCCUUCUCCAUUCUCUUCUGACCUCACCUGUGCUCCUGGUGGGCAUCCUGGCUUUCCUAUUGGACAAUACAGUAUCGGGGUCUUCAUCGGAGAGAGGACUUGACUCAGCGGAGAUGGAGAAGACAGGAUGGACAUCAGUCAACAGUGAGCCAGGGUAUCACCAGGAAGUGGAGUUAAUUUACGAGUCCCCUUAUCUCCUGAGAAGACUGUGGAAGUUACCUUGGUUACGGACGGCCCCCUUCUCUGCCUGUAGGAUCACAGAUGAUGGAGGCGUACUGUAGAGUCCCGUCUGAGGAUAACGCUGUUCCUGUUCCAUUUCAUGUCCGUCAGCUAUUAAACCUUCACUCCCCGUACCUGCUUCUCAUCUCUUGCGGCGAUCCUUCCAGGUGACUACCUCAUGCUUCUGGUUGAGAGAAUGUGCAAAGCUGUCAUCAAGUCAAAAAUUGGUUACUUUGAAGAAUCUCAACUAUAAGAUUUAUUUUUGAUUAACACUUUUAUGGUUACUGAAUGAUUUGAUAUGUGUUAUUUAAUGGUUUUGAUGUCUUCACUAUUAUUCUACACUAUUAUUUUGCAAUGUGGAAAAUAGUAAAAAUAAAGAAAUACCCUGGAAUGAG